AUGGUGAUUGCCGGUGCGCCUGAGCCGUCGCCAGAGCUCGUUGCCGCCUGGUCGGCUGCGGCUGCCAAGCCUCAGGCAGAGCCCGAAAGGGCGACCAUGGCGACAAAGCCCCCUCUACCGCCGGCUCCGAAACACGUGACAACAGUCGCUAAAAAGACUCCUCCCCACGCACCCGCGGGUCUCCUUGCCGCGUCGGAGACUGACCCGUCUGCCCCCGCUGCUGUUCCGUCUACUCCGCCUGCGGCCCCUAGCCCCUCGGCUCCCCUUGUCGCGCGGUCGGCGUCUACCCAUGUUGGGGGUGCUGCUGGUCUCCCUGCGCCUGUCCUUGGCGCCCCUGUUGCACCGCCCGCUUCUGUCCCCGCCGUGCCUGCUCCGGCCUCUGCUUCGUCACCGAAGGCGGCGUCCGCCACCACUGGCGGAUCGGCUCCGUUGGUUGAGCCCUCGGCGGCGGGUCCGUCCGCCCCUGCUGUGACGCCGAUGGCCCUGGCGGGUCAAGCGUCACGCCCGCCGUCGCCCGACCGUCGCUCGUCGCGCCCCCAUUCCCCCGCUCCCCACCAGGAGCGCAAGUCGGGUCCCCGUGCUCGUGGCGGGGGUGGGGGGUAUCGUUCGCCCGUGACGAUGGCGGAUCUUCAGCGGGAAGUGUCGAGGGCGGUUCGAGAGGAGAGGGCGGCGCAGAGCCAGAGCAGUUCGAUGCGCGCCUCGCCAGCCCUUGAGGCUCCUCGUCCGGCCGCGCUCCCCGCGAACCCGCAGCAUGUUGCUGCGCCUCCUCCUCAGAUCCUUGCGCCGCCAGCUCCUUCUCCUGCUGUCUCGGCACCUGCUCCCGGCUCUCGUCUUCAUCUGCUGCCGGUUCCGCCCGUUGCGGGAGUGGAGUUUGUGGCCACGGAUGGUGGCACGGUGGCGGCUCCGUAUGCUCUCCCAGUUGAUGCAGAUGAGUCGCUCCAGUUCCUGGCGGAGGCACUCCAGCCUCCGCAGACCCGUGUUCCCGAGGCGACACUCGGCCAGCUCCACCGCCUCGCGGAGAGUCUCCACGCGCUGCUGUUGAUUCAGGUCCUUGCUCAUUCCUCUCUCCCCGUGAUCCCUCCUGAGACCUUCCGUGGCCGCCAGCGUGACACUUGCAUGGACGCGGCGGACCAGCUCGUAGUGCUGCUGGCGCCCGUGCUGGCUGCGCCCGCGGAGGGUGGCGCUGCUGCUGCGGGACAGCUUGACGAGGCUGUCCGGGGCUUGAGGUGGCACUUGCGCGCUGUAUGA